AUGUCCGUUGCUUCUAAGAAUACAAACGAACAAAUCAUACUCUCUAAAAGGGUAAAGGAAGUGUUUGGCGUGGAGGCAUAUGUUCGAGGGACUAGAAACUUGGACUUUCUGUUGGGAGUAUUGGUUUUUGCCACAUGGGACCGACGCCUAGGUUUCGAUAGGUCGAUUUUGACCAGCGUCGUCCAGCUUGCAAUAGCUAUUCUGUGUGACCUAGAAUUGGAUCGGUCCCAUUCGACGGAUAUUGGUUUCACCCUCAUGAGGUCCGUCAAAGGGGAAACUGUCUCUCCUUCCCAGGCUGCAAAAGUCCCGACUAUGGAGGAGCGACGAGCGUCACUUGGCUGUUUCCUCCUUAGCACUUUAUCUCCUCCGCUGCGAAAGGGUCAAAGUCUGCGGUGGACGUCACAUUUCAAUGAUUGUCUCCGAGUCCUACAGGAAGAGAAAGCAUGCGAAAACGAUCUAAUACUGGCUCAGAUGGUGAAAUUUCGGUUGAUAUCAGAAAAGGUCAUAGAUUUUACUUUUCGAGAUUUGACUCGACAGGGCCAUUAUACCACUAUCCCUGCUUCGUUCUACGUCAAGUCAUUGGAGGCGGAACUCCGUGAAUGUAUAGCAUCUAUUCCCAGCGGGUUACUGGAUAAUAAGGUCCUGCUGCUAGAACGCUACUACACCGAAUUCCGCAUCUACGAAAUUGGCCUCUCUCAAUCCUCAGACAUAUUUACCGAACAACCAAACCUACGUCUUGACUGCUUGUUUGCUUGUCUCCAGGCCACAAAGUCUCACGGAGCAACUCUUAUGAAUGUCGACCCGAAUCAGUUCCCUGGUCUAUCAGCCUUGGUGACUGGUCAAAUGACCAAUUGCUUUGCGUGCCUGUGCCGGCUUUCGAUGUGCGAGCAAUCAGGCUGGGAUCGCGAUUUUGUCAAUUCGACUGUUGAUGUUUCCUUCUUUUUACAGGAGCUGGAGAAGAAGUAUGCACAAGUCAGAGAGGCUGUUGGUAUUGAUACGGAUAAUUCUGGUGGUAGUGAUUACUUUACGAUCAAGGCGUCGAAGCUGAGGUCUAUGAAGGCGUCGUGGGAUGCGCUUACUCUUACGGCGAUACCGCUGCAGGAACUUGAGUCGUUCUCUAUUGACUUUUGGGACGCGUGCAAUUGGUGA